AUGUGCCAUGCGCCGUCGUUUUUCCGGAUGAACGCGACGAAGAUCGCAUCCCGAGGCCGGCGUCCGGAUGACGCCGCGCUGGCCGCGACCCUGCUGGUCGCACGCGCCACGUCGCGUCCUGCUGACACCGCCGCCGCAGCCGUCCCGCUGGCCGGCUCGUCGUCGAGCCCCGAUGGCCGGCCUGGCCGCCGCCCCCGCAGCGUGCUGCCGCCCGCCCCGCUGGCCGGCCUGGUCGCCGCCCCCGUAGCGUGCUGCCGCCCGCCCCGCUGGCCGGCCUGGCAGCCGCCGCCGCCGCGAGCCGUGGCCGCACCACGCGCUGGCCGCGCCAGCCGCGCCGCGUCGUGGCCGUUGGCCGUGCGGGCCGCAUCGUUGCCGCUGGCCGCGCGGGCCGCGCCGUGGCUGCGCGCCUCGUUGGCCGCGCCGCUGGCUGCGCCGCCCCGCGCCGUGGCUGCACUGGCCGGCUCUGGUUGCCACUCCGGCAAGCCGCGCGCGCCUGUCCGUCCCCGGCCGCGCCCGCAUGCGCGCCGCCGCCGCGCGAGCCCCCCAGGAGCCCCCCCGGCCCGCGCGCGACUACGGACAUGA